AUGCCUAAAGAAAUCAAAGAUAUUAAAGAUUUCUUACUCAUUGCUCGACGUAAAGAUGCUAAAUCGGUGAUUAUCAAACGUAAUCCUGAACAUGGUACGCGACAAGGGGAUACCAAAUUCAAAGUACGAUGUAGCCGUUAUUUAUAUACAUUAAUUGUGACCGAUAAAGAAAAAGCUGAAAAAGUCAAACAAUCAUUGCCGCCUGGUCUUGAUGUAAAAGAAAUUAAACCAAAAGGCAAAAACACAUAA